AUGUUCGGACAGGAUGCCGAAGCAGCAUUCGAGGAUGCACGGCAGCAUUUGCUUCAUCUGACGCUGCUGAGCGAGACCGCCAGGGUUACACCCUUGAUCCACAACGCCGAGUACAGGCUGGCAGACAUCCUGGAGCAAGAUCGCGUCUGUGCGGAGGAGCGGGAGCGGAUCAAGGCGGGGCUGGCGGAUGCUGAUGCAGAGCUCGCCAAGGUGCUAGAGGAAGUGAAGGAGAAAGGCAAGGACCUCUCCCUGCUGCGGAGAGACUUGGACGCUAUCCGCGAGGCGAAGCUGAAGAAAAUGGAGGAGCUCCAAAACCUCAAGCAGCUGAUCGAGCAGAUGAAGAAGGCCGUGGAGGAGUUGAAGUCCCAGGUUGGCAGCCAUUCUGAUGCAGUGCUUUCUUCGCCAACCAGUGCCUGUAAGUGCUACGUGGGAGACACACGACUGGAAGCUGCAGUGCAGCAGAUGCAGAAGCAGGGUGUGGAUGUGGAUGUGAGGUAUUAUCCGUUCAUGAUCGACCCCUCCACCAAGAAUUCUGGUGAGGACAAGGCAGACUAUUGCAGGCGUCGAGGAUGGGGUGGCGGCUGGAAACCUCCAGAUCUGAGGCAGUGGAAAUGGUGGCCCAACACCGAGAACGCCCAUCGGCUUUGUACGUACCUCGACGAGAUCCACGCGAGGAUGCCGGAACUGAGCGAAAAAGACAAGGUCGAAAGAAGCCACGCUUUGAUGCGAAAAUUUUACGAGCUCACCUACGAUCGGGACUGCAACAUUUCAGUGCCCGAAGGGGCUGCCCAGGCCAUCGAGGAGCUCGGUUAUGGCAGUGCAAAGGAUGCAGUGGCAUGGUUGAAUGGUGGUGGUGGACUACCAGAACUGCGGGAUGCACUUCGCAAGGUGCGAGCCGAAGGUGUGUCAAGUGUACCUCAGUAUUGUAUCCAGGCCGAAGGGUCCGGCGCCGUGGAGCCCACCGUGUUCUCGGGCGCGCAGGACAGCAGAGCCUUCUUAUCCGUCAUGCGGCAGCAGCUGUCUUAG